AUGUCGAUAGCAAUUGCACAAGCCAAGCACAUCUUUGGUCUCAAACCAGGUGUGACUGGCAAUAUUUGUUAUCAUGAUGAACAGACCAUUGUUUAUCCCUCUGGAGCAAAUUGUAUUUUAUACAAUAUCGACCAAAAGUCGCAGAAAUUCAUUCCUGGCACAGAUAAAAGUGAGGGAAUGACAGCUUUGGCUGUCAGUCCAAACAGAAGAUAUGUAGCUAUUGCUGAAAAGGGCGAAAAACCUACAAUCACAAUUUAUGAUCUUCACAGUCUCCGCAAACGAAAGGUCCUUAGCUCUCCAGAUGUUCAGUCAAAUGAAUUUGUCAGUUUGGCAUUUUCUCCAGACUCCAAAUACUUGGUCGCUCAAGGAGGAAAACCCGACUAUACGCUGCUGUAUUGGACAUGGGAAAAAUCUAAAGUAAUGGCUGUCACAAAAACAUCAAACCCGCAGACCAACCCACCAGUGUAUCAGGUUAGCUUCAAUCCUCAAGAUAACACCCAACUCUGUGUCGUAGGAAAUGGCAUCUUCAAACAUUUUCGCUACAGUGAAGGGAACCUUAAAACUUUCAACUUCCAAAAGAUGGAGCCACAGAACUAUCUGUGUCACGCCUGGGUUUCAGAAGAGCGAAUCAUUGUUGGGACCGACACUGGACGACUGCUUCUUUUUGAAGCUGGUGAAUUAAAAAAUGAAUUUAACAUUGGAGCUCAACAAAAGGAUGCUGGGCGACCAAAUGACGGUGAAGAGGCUUCUGCUAUCCCAAUCAUUCCACAAGUUUCAGCCAUUGUAGCAUACUCCAAGGGUUUUGCUUGCUCAUGCGGACCUGGUACUGUACACUUGUUUGAAAAAACUGAUGAUAAAGAUUUCUUCAAGAAAACAAGAGAAAUAAAGAUCCCACCAGACAACAACAGUGCCGACCCAGCAAAAGCUCAGCAACAACUGAUAACAUGUCUCACAGUCAGUCCGUCUGAGGAGACCCUUGUGUCCAGCACUGACCUUAGCCAGCUCUACUAUCUAACACUGCCGAGUGCAGACCUUGGAAAGAGCGAGGGUGACCAGGCUCAUUUUGAAGUACUAGCUCAGUCGUUCCACUACGGUCAAAUCACUGGUCUGGAUGUUUGUAUCAGAAAGCCUCUGAUUGCUACAAGCUCUCAUGACAGAUCCGUCCGAAUCUGGAACUACGAGAACUGUAACCUGGAGCUGUAUAAGGAAUUUGCUGAGGAAGCAUACAGUAUUGCCCUCCAUCCCUCAGGUCUGUACAUUCUUGUCGGCUUCAGCGACAAGCUCCGUCUCAUGAACCUUCUCAUUGAUGACAUCAGGACCUUCAAAGAAUUCACUAUCCGUGGAUGCAGAGAGUGUGGUUUCAGUAAUGGUGGACACUUAUUUGCCGCAGUUCAUAGCAAUGUCAUACAGAUCUACUCCACAUCAACAUUUGAAAACACCUCAAACCUGAAGGGCCACAACGGUAAAGUCCGCUCGAUUGUUUGGAGUGCUGAUGACAGUAAAAUGGUGUCCUGUGGAGGAGACGGUGCCGUUUACGAGUGGGAGACUUACUCAGGGAAGAGGGUUGGCGAAAGUGUUCUCAAGUCUUGUGGUUAUACUGGAGUUGCAGUCACACCAGACGGAAAAGCCACUUUUGCCGUCGGCUCUGACAAGUCCUUGAAAGAGAUUGCAGAUUCACAGAUCCUUCGUCAGAUAGAAGCUGGUGACAUGACACUGAGUAGUGUGGCACUGUCCCAUUCUGGUCGUAUGUUGUUUGCUGGUACGGUCAAAGGAACAUUGUGGUCACUGAAGUUUCCCCUUAAUCCUCCAGGAGAGUGGACAGAACACUCCGGUCAUGGAAGUCAGAUCACCAAGAUGAAGAUAAGCUAUGAUGACCAGUACUUAGUUACUGUAUCCGAGGAUGCUUCAGUCAUUUUGUGGAAGAUCCAGGACAAAGAGGGACGUGGUCUGAAGAGGGACAAGGAAGUGGGCUGGGCUGAGGAAAUUCUCAUUACAAAGAGUGACCUUGAGGAAAAGAACACGAUGAUGAGUGAUCUCAAGACAAGGAACGAUGAACUGAAGCUUGAAAAUGAUUAUCAACUACGUCUGAAAGACAUGAACUAUAACGAAAAGAUCAAGGAACUGACAGAAAAAUUCAUCCAAGAAAUGGAAGCUUUAAAAACUAAAAAUCAGGUUUUGAAGACCGACAAAGAUAAGGAAGAAGCAAAACAUGAGGAAGAAAUGAGAGAAGUGAUGGAUAAACACACAAAAGAGCUCCAGGAUCUUGAAUCGGCCAACAACCAGAAGCUGAUGUUGGAGUACGAGAAAUUUCAAGAACAACAGAGCAAGACAAUGAAAAUGCAGGAAGAAUAUGACCGCCUGCUCCAAGAAAAAGAAGAAAGCAAAAUGAGGGCCAUGGAAGAACUGACUGAGUACUAUGAGACAAAACUCCAGGAGAAAACCACUCAACUGGAACAGGCUCAUGAUGAGGCUAGGCAGUCACUGAAGGAAUAUGAGGAAACUAAGAAACAGAUUGAGGAGGAUGCUGAUCGAGAAAUCCUCGAUAUCAAGAACAAUUAUGAGAUCAGACUUCGCGCUGAGAAAGAGGACAACAUCAAAUUAAGAGGAGAAAGUGGCAUCAUGAAGAAAAAGUUCACAAGUCUACAGCGAGAAAUUGAUGAUCACAAAGAGGAAAUUAAGAAGUUUCAGGCAGAAACUCAGAAACAGACAAAUGUGAUCCGUAACAUGGAAAAGGACAUUAUGGGUCUGAAGAAGGAGAUCCAGGAAAGAGAUGAUACUAUUCAGGACAAGGAAAAGAGAAUUUACGACUUGAAGAAAAAGAACCAGGAAUUGGAGAAGUUUAAGUUUGUGCUAGACUACAAGAUUAAAGAAUUGAAGAAACAAAUUGAGCCCAGAGAGAACGAUAUAAAGAGAAUGAAGGACCAGAUACAGGAGAUGGAGAGCGAGCUUGAGAGGUUCCACAAACAGAACACACAGCUGGAGCUUAGUAUAAAGGAGCUGACACAGAAACUCAGGGCUACUGAUAAGGAGAUGCACCAGGAGAGACAGAAGGUGCGUGAUGUUGAAGCAGUGGUGAAGAGAUUCAAGACAGAUCUACACAACUGUGUGGGAUAUAUACAGGACCCGAAGAUGUUGAAGGAGAGCAUCAAGGCUUUGUACUCUAAACACGUCCAGGAAGAUGUGACGGAAUCAGCCAGUGUAGACGCCGACAUCCAAAAGGAAUACAGUCGACAAAGGGAACAUCUGGAACGAUCCGUAGCCUCCCUCCGCAAAAAACUUUCCAAGGAUUCGGAAAUCCACAGAGCAGACAAUGUUAGAAUUAUGCAGGAAAAUGUGUCUUUGAUCAAGGAAAUUAAUGAUUUACGUCGAGAGCUCAAGAUAGCUAGAACACAAAUCCAUGAUCUUGAAGCAGCAAUGGGACUUCACAGCAAGAAGAACAAAAACGAUACUGCAACCAUCGCUGCCAUCACAGCCAAAGGACCAAAUGCUCUUAUGGAGAAGGACAUGGAAGAAAAGAAUAAAAUCAUUGAGAUGCAGAUGGUAGAAAUUCGACGUUUACGUUCUGAGAUAUCUGACUUAGAUUUAGGCUCCAGACCACCAUCAUCUCAUCGUCUCCCACCUGUACAGUUAGUGUCAUGAUCGGACAAGUAUUGGACUCUGCUGGAUUCAUCAUGAGAAUAUUUUGAUCAUGCUUAGAGUUAAAGAAAAUGGUGAUAUGAUAAGCCUGAUAACGUAUA